UACAUAUUAUUAGUGAUUGGUAAUGGUACGAUGGAGUUUACGGAAGAAUUGAAAGUCAAAUCUCAAGAUGUUCACAAUGUGUCAGACAAAUUGUUCAACUCUGCCCUAGCAAUUGCUCUUGCAGACCGGGCAGUGUACAGAAUGGCAGUUUAUCGGUUUUAUCAUGUCUUCCUUAUGAUCGAAGAUAAACUUGAAGACUUACAUUAUGACAGUGAUUCUCUGAAAUCCCUUUAUUUUCCCAAUCUGUUCAGAGCACCUGAAUUUGAAGAGGAUGUGCAGUUUUUCUAUCCAGAUGGAAUACCUGAAGAGUUGUCACCUGUAUUGGAAGAGUACAAAGCCAAUAUUGACAAAGACACAGAAAAAGAUCCCGCUAAUCUCAUCGGCUACCUGCAGACAAUGCAACUUGCUAUACUAUCAGGAGGAAGCAUCUUGAGACCCAUGAUAGUAAAGGUUCUUGGCUUAAAGGACAAUUAUCCGCUAGGAGUCAAGGCGCUGGAUUGGCCGGAAGGUUUCAGUCUAACAAAAGCAAAGACACAAUACAAAGAGAAACUCAACUCCCUGGAGCUGACACGAGAGCAGAAGGACAGUAUAAUAAGUAUUAAAAUGAAAGUUUUCCAGCUUAAUAAUAAGCUCAUAAAGGAAGUGACACACUCAAAACAGAGUAAAGAUGUCGCGUGGAAAUACUUGGAGAGGAUCCUUUUCGUUUUGUGCCUGAUCAUAGCUUUCCUUUUAUUUUGGUAUAUGCGAAAAUAACUCGAACACUCUUAAACUUACAACUCACAACCGUUCAGUGUUGAUUGUUGCAUUCAGGCGACAGAAAAAUGUUUAAUUAAGCGAUUUAUUUAUUUGCAAGUUACAAUAAUUUUUGAAAGAUUUGCUGUGAAAAUCGUUUCAAGAUUAUGCCUUGAUUUAUAGAUGAAUAAUUUAUGUUUGAAUUUCUAUAUUUAAACGUGGCCCGAUAUACCCGUACCCCCAUGAUGCAUAUA